AUGUCUCCAACUGCUGUCGAUAACGGACAUUCUCACCAAGCGACGACUCACAAGGUCAUAAAGCAGCACAAUGGGAAUGGUGUCCACGCCUCCAAUGGGAAUGGCGUUCAUACCUCCAGUGCUACCAAUGGCCAAGUGACUUCAGCAACGCUUAUCAGUAUGGAACACGAAUACGGCGCUCACAACUACCAUCCCUUACCGGUAGUGUUUGAUUCCGCGCAAGGGGCAAAGGUAUGGGAUCCGGAAGGCAAGGAAUAUAUCGACAUGUUGUCCGCAUACUCGGCUGUUAAUCAGGGUCAUUGUCACCCAAAGAUAGUUGCUACACUAGUAGAGCAGGCACAGAAACUCACUCUGUCAUCUCGUGCCUUCUACAAUUCUGUCUUUGGGAGGUUUGCGCAGCAGAUUACACAAAUGUUUUCAUACGAAAGUGUCCUCCCGAUGAAUACCGGGGCCGAGGCCGUCGAGACAGCCGUCAAGCUUGCUAGGAAGUGGGCAUACCUAAAGAAGGGUGUGCCGGACGGCAAAGCUAUUGUGCUCAGCGUUGAAGGAAAUUUCCACGGAAGAACCCUGGGGGUCAUUAGUAUGAGCACCGAUCCGGAGAGCCGCGGCGGCUUCGGCCCUUACCUCAAGGGUGUCGGACCAACUUACCUGGAUAAUAACGAAAUCCGUGUCAUCCGCUAUGGAGAGAUUUCGGAUCUGGAACGCGCUCUCGAACUCCAUGGAAAACACGUGGCAGCGUUCUUGGUGGAGCCAAUUCAAGGGGAGGCAGGAAUUGUCAUACCACCCAGUGGCUACUUUGCUCAAGUUCGGGAACUCUGUACCAAGCAUAAUGUCCUCCUUAUCUGCGACGAAAUCCAGACGGGACUGUGCAGGACGGGCAAGAUGCUGUGUUGUGAGCAUGAAGGCAUUCGACCGGAUAUGGUCCUACUUGGAAAGGCACUGUCAGGCGGAAUGUACCCCGUCUCAGCGGUUCUCGCGGACCGCGAGGUCAUGUAUUGUAUUCAGCCUGGAGAACAUGGCAGUACAUACGGCGGGAACCCCCUGGGGUGUGCUGUCGCUAUGACAUCCUUGCGCGUCCUUGUAGACGAGAAGCUCGCCGAUCGUGCCCAGAAUCUCGGUGAAAUAUUCCGCGCGGGAAUUCUGGCGUUCAAUUCUCCUCUUGUCAGGGAAGUUCGGGGCAGAGGCCUUCUUAAUGCUGUGGUUAUCGACGAAGAGAAGAGCCUCAAAGGCCGCACCGCAUGGCAAUUCUGCUUGCUACUGAAGAGCCGAGGUGUUCUGGCGAAGCCAACUCAUUGCAACAUCGUUCGUUUUGCCCCUCCGUUGGUGAUACUCGAGGAGGACCUUCGAAAGGCCAUCAACAUCAUCGGGCAAUGUCUUGUUGAGCUUGACCAACUCGAUGACAUCCCAGGAGAAGUCGAGAGUGAGAGGGGUUUCAAAGAGAUGCUUGACAACUGA